AUGGCCCAAAGUGAACCUGAAUUGCUGUGGUUCAUGAUCCAGAAGCUCCAGGAGGAACUGGACAAGCUGGGUACCUGCCUUUCCCGCUCCUGUACCAGCAGCAAGAACCUGGAGAGUGUGGGCAGCAACGCAGACUUCCUGGAGAGCUCCCGGGGCAGGCUGAGAUUCUCCCUCUUCUACCACAGGGAGCGACUUGAGCUGCUCUUGACGGUCAUUGCAGUGACAGGCCUGCCUAGCCGAGGGAGCGCUGACUCUGCUGUUCGGGUCCGGCUGCUGAGGCAGGUCCCAUCUCACAUCUCUGGCCUUCAGUGCAUGGUCCGUGAGUGGCAAACCCAGGUGGUGAAGAACUGCAGGAAACCUGCUUUUGGGGACCAGUUUGUCUGCUCCCUGCAGGAGGCCGAGCUGGAGAAGAGCACUGUGAAGUUGGAGGUUAAACGUUACAACAAGUAUUCCAGACACACCAUGCUGGGGGAAGUGAGGGUCACCCUCAGCAAACUAAAGGCCUCUCAACGUAUGGAGUUCUGCGAGGAGCUACAGAAGACUACAAAGGACCUUGUUGGAGAAGUCCUUGUGUCGCUGAAGUGUCUCCCCAUCUCUCAGAAGAUAGAAAUUGGGCUGCUCAAAGUCAAAACUGCCUCCGUGUGCAGCAGUCCAGAGAAGAGUAAAGGCAUUUAUUUCAGCUACUGUCUGUGGUUGCCUGAGGUUCUGUAUCUCUCCAGCUUGCUCUGUCUGUGGCCUCUCUUCUUUCCCAGGGGAAGGAUAGGGUAUGAGAGAGAGUGAGUACUUGAUCUCCCCUUCUGCUGGCCGAUUACAGACCAGUGGUAGGGGAAUGUUUGCCAAAACCCCACUGAACACUGCUGCACUGGCUCAGAGCCACUGCUGAAGCCCGGACCCCCAGCACCGGGUGGGGCAGAAUGCCAUUGAGAAUUAAAGCACAA